AGUUUAUUGAAGAAAAAAGAUUUAAAGAAAAGAAGAACCUGCACUCAGUGUGGAAAGAGUUUGACAAGCAAAUAUAACCUUGAUGUUCACAUGAGAGUUCAUACUGGAGAGAAUACGUGCACUUGUGAUCAAUGCGUGAAGAGUUUUGCACAAUCAUCAAGCCUUAAGAUACACAUGAACAUCCACACUGGAGAAAAACUGCACACAUGUGAUCAAUGCGGCAAAAAGUUUUUGAGGGGUUCAAACCUGAGGACACACCUAAGAGUUCAUACAAAGGAGAAGCCACAUUCAUGUCAUUUGUGUGGAAAGAGUUUUUCAUGUCUGCAAUAUUUAAAAGUACAUCAGAAAAUACAUACUGCUGUGAGAGAGUACAUGUGCUUUGAGUGUGAAAAUACUUUUACUUCAGAGACCUGUUUAAAACAGCAUGAGAGGGUUCACACUGGAGAAAAACCUUAUAGGUGUUCACACUGCAACAAGAUAUUCAAUAAGUCAGGAGACCUGAAAACACAUGAGAGGAUCCACACUGGAGAGAAACCUUAUAAGUGUUUACGCUGCGACAAGAGAUUCAGUCAGUCAGCAAAUCUGAAAACACAUGAGAGGAUUCACACUGGAGAGAAACCAUACAUAUGUGAUCAGUGCGGGAAGAGUUUUGCACUAAAAGGAAACCUUAUGGGGCAUAUGAACAUUCACACUGGAGAGAAACAG